AAAGACCGUACCCAUGGGUAUGGAACCUCCCACCUCCCCGUAAACCCAGCCCAUGGACCGGUAGGCGUCCACAACGCUCGGUACCAGCGGAACUAGAAAAAAAACCCAUCCAAUGGUACGCUACGCCACUAUCGAUAAUUUCCCCUUGUAGCACAAUAGGUUAUGGAUGUUCCCUCGACCAAUGGUGUUGGUGUUCUUGUGACACCCGGUAGAGCGUCGAUUUUUUUCCGUCCUUCAAAAAUAGAAGUCGGCGCCCAGUUUUGAUCGGUUUGAGGCGCUGGAUUCAAUGAAUCGCGGCAUUUGGCAUGUAGGUAGAUCGAAUCUAUGGUGAUUGUGCUGGUUUCUGAGGUCUAGCUAGCUAUGGACGUGAAGCCGUUUUUUGGAUACCCCUAUCAAGGUCAAGGACGAAUCAAUCAACUUGGUGGGGUGUUCAUCAACGGCAGACCCCUGCCGAACCACAUACGGUUGAGGAUUGUCGAGAUGGCAGCUGCUGGGGUAAGACCCUGUGUCAUAUCUAGACAACUAAAGGUAUCCCACGGGUGCGUGUCGAAAAUUCUGAACAGAUAUCAGGAAACUGGUAGCAUAAGGCCAGGAGUAGUAGGAAGUACCAAGUCAAAAAGUGCGACGAGUGCUGUUGAAACGAGAAUCGAAGAGAUCAGAAAGGAGUUUCCUUCUAUGAUGAGCUGUGAGAUUAGAAGCAAGCUUCUACAGGAAGGAACUUUAGAUCCACCAAGUGAGGCAACCAUAGACAAUUUCAUUCAAAAUUCAAACCAAACAAUUGAUGAGGAAUACAGCAAGAGAGACUACUCAAUAAAUGGAAUUCUCAGAGGAAAGGACGGAGAUAGCGAUACCGAGUCUGAGCCAGGGAUUCCUCUGAAGAGAAAACAGAGGAGGUCAAGAACAACGUUCUCUGGAGAACAGCUUGAGGCCUUGGAGAGAGCCUUCGCUAAGACGCAUUACCCUGAUGUUUACGUCAGAGAGGACAUUGCCCAACAAACAGGAUUAACGGAAGCUAGAAUACAAGUCUGGUUCUCCAACAGAAGAGCCCGUUUGAGAAAGCAAGAAACAACCUCAUCAAGUCUAGCCUUCGCGUCAUCUUCAAUGCCAAACACAUCAUCCCACUUCAACCCCUCCUACUACCAAGAUUGGAGUGGGUCUCAACUAGCUAACUACAACAUGUUCCAACAGAUGUCAUGCUAUAACCCUGCAACAGCUGCCGAGAACACAAGAGCCGACUACCAAGCUUAUAUCAACGCCAACAACUUAUGCUUUCAGAGGGAUCACUUCAGCAGGAUAUUCAGGAAUGAAGAUUCUAGAGGAACCAACUGUGAUCCUGUGAACACGGGUUGGAAUAGAACCUCUUGGAACAGUGGUACGUUGCCUGCAUCGAAUGGUGGUACUGCUGAUGACAGAAGUUAUGGUGCUAGUGGUGUUAGUGAUGCAACACAAGCACAGUACAAUUCGUGUGUUAAGAACUUUUGGGGUUGAUGUUGUUGGGAUUCUUACCUUUCUAAGAAUUGGGGGCUCUUUGGAAAGCUAGGUUACCUCCAGAAAAUGGUUUUUUCUUCGUAGGAAACGUGGUACUGGAUGCAUUGGUGCUGCAAUGCAGACUUUGUACAUUUCAAGUGAUAAGAACUUUCGAGGUUGAUAUUGUUGAGCAUCUUUAAGCCUUCAUCACAAAAAAUGGUACCUCAAACGACAAUAGUGAUGUUACUUGUGGUUUGAAAAUUGAGAUCAAUAUUCUUGAGCUUUAAGCUUGGAAAACCAGUCUUCUGCAUCUA